GCCGCGGCGCCCUGGCUGCGGGGGCGGGCGGUGCUGCGCGCUCCGCUCCGCUCGGCGCUGCCGCUCCGCACGGCGGGCCGGGCGCUGCUGCUGCCGCUGCUGCCGGCGGCGCUCGGCGCGGCGGGGCCUGCGGCUGCUCAGCCCCGGCGGCACGACGAGGAGAGCGCCAUUGAGAGAGGCGGGCGUCGGACCCCGCGGCGGCGCUGCCGCGAUCGCCCCGCUCGGCUCCCCCAUGGCCGCGGGCUGCAGGGACGGCCCGGGGCAGGAGAAGUACCGGCUGGUGGUGGUGGGCGGCGGCGGCGUGGGCAAGUCGGCGCUCACCAUCCAGUUCAUCCAGUCCUACUUUGUUACGGAUUAUGACCCAACCAUUGAGGACUCCUACACCAAGCAAUGUGUGAUAGACGAGAGAGCCGCACGCUUGGACAUUCUGGAUACAGCAGGACAAGAAGAAUUUGGAGCCAUGCGUGAGCAGUACAUGAGGACGGGGGAGGGCUUUCUGCUUGUUUUCUCAGUCACAGAUAGAGGAAGCUUUGAAGAAAUCUAUAAGUUUCAGCGACAGAUUCUUAGAGUGAAAGAUCGCGAUGAGUUUCCAAUGAUACUUGUUGGUAAUAAAGCAGAUUUGGACCACCAAAGACAGGUGACACAAGACGAAGGCCAGCAGCUGGCACGGCAACUUAAAGUAACCUACAUGGAAGCCUCAGCAAAAAUCAGAUUGAAUGUAGACCAAGCUUUUCAUGAACUUGUCAGAGUUAUAAGGAAAUUUCAAGAACAAGAGUGCCCUCCUUCACCAGAGCCAACGCGGAAAGAAAAAGACAAGAAAGGCUGCCAUUGUGUUAUUUUCUGAGAGUCCCAAGAACCAAGCUAUCAACUGCCAGAUCAUUUUUUUUUUUUUCUUUCCAUCAUUUUACAUCACUUCUGGUAUUGGUCUAGCCUUACAUGUGCAUGUCCUAAAAGUGGUCACCAGAAUAGCCUUAGUCCAAGAAGCUGGCAGAAUAGUUCCUGAAGAAGACUCUGUCAUCCUGGGGCAGACUUCAAACCAAAACACUAAGGCUGCUUCUCUAAUACCACAGUUCCUUCUCUCCCUUCAGAGCUUGCACCUUGUGGAGUUUUAUUCGCAAAGGAGAUGAAACAAAACCGUGUAGGACGAGGUGUUGAAGUCAUGCAUAAGUUGUCUCUUGUGAAUUAAUUUAUUUUUACUUCUGACAUUUCAUUAGCUAUUGCAGAGACCUAUAUUGGAGUAUAGAGAAUACUUUUUAAAAAAGGGGUGGAUUGGCUUUUUUUUUGUUUGUUUCUGCCCUCAGUUAAAUUAGACUUGAGUAUUCAGCUAGCCUUAAGAAACCUACACUGAAUUUCAUUGUCAGCAAAAAUUUUCAUCUCUCAUUUAUGCUGCAGUUUUAUUUCGGUGGCCAAAACAUUCUACUGUAUUUAUUUUUUGAAUCCAGAACAGCUACAGGAUGAUUACUACUACUAUUAGGAUAUGGCCAAAUACCUGAGCUCAUUCUGGAUUGAGGCAUUUCAGCUUAUUAAGAAAUUUCACAUUAUGUUUGAAAACAAAUUGUGUCUUCCUUUGUAUUUCUGGGUAAGGGAUUAAGGAAAACUAAAAUUGUAGCUGUUUUUGUUUCAUGUGAUAUAAAAAUGAAUUUGAUCUUUCCAUUGUCAGAGAUGAUUAAAUGUUUUUGCUAUAUACUUUUAUACAUUAUUUUCUUAUCAAACUAGUUAACAAGUAUUUUUAUAUGUUUGUAAGCAAAUAUGCUUUCACAGCAUAACUUGUGUAUAUGUAAAGAUGAGUAUUUAAUUCUCACAGUUCACUUUUAACUGACAAAAUGUGGGAUUUGCCAAACUGUGGUAAAAUUCUCCUUACUCUCCCGAUUAUACCCAAGAAUGGCCAAUUAUGUGCCUGCCCAGCACACCUAUAGAAUAAAAUCUAGUGUUGUGUUUUAAUGAAUUUCAGUAUCCCUCGCUGAAGACUGACCAUUAUGUGAAUUAUUAAACUGUAAGAACUUUUAAACUGAUUGUUUAGUUAAACUGUGGAUGGUUGUUUAAUUUUGAGUUCUGUGGAUUGUGUUUAAACAAUUCAAGAGUAUGGUCCCUGAUAUUGAAAUACUGAGUGGUAUUGCACAGUUGUCACCUUAACUGAAUGUGUCCAACAGUUCUUUGAAACUUGAUUAUUAAGCAAACCCUUGUAUAACUUCAGGUGCUAGAAUUAAAGAUGAUCUAACCAUU